UUGGCGGAACGAAGCAACUUUUGCUCGAGGCUAAGUGACGAAGCUUGUACCUCUGCGCACGCGCUGUCUGUUGUACCUUAUUUAGCCUUCUUUUAGUUUCACGGCGCAUGCGCCUACUCAGUCUCCUCGGGCCUACUGCUGAUCCCAGAGAGAGGUCAGAGGUCACGGCAGUAGCAGGAGUAGCGGCGGCGCCAGAAAAAGGAAGAGGCGGUGGCCUCUGCUUCGAUCCAUGAUGGCGGCGGCUGAAGUAGAAACGGCCUCCUGAGCUCUAUCGCGCGUAGAAGUUCCGACCAUGCACAGCCUGGCGACGGCUGCGCCUGUGCCAACGGCACUGGCUCAGGUUGAUCGAGAGAAGAUUUAUCAGUGGAUCAAUGAGCUUUCCAGCCCUGAGACUCGUGAGAAUGCACUGCUGGAGCUGAGUAAAAAACGGGAAUCUGUCCCUGAUCUUGCACCAAUGCUAUGGCACUCCUUUGGCACAAUUGCAGCUCUCUUACAGGAAAUUGUAAAUAUCUAUCCAUCUAUAAAUCCGCCAACUUUGACAGCUCAUCAGUCCAACAGAGUCUGCAAUGCUCUGGCACUUCUGCAAUGUGUUGCAUCACAUCCGGAAACCAGGUCAGCCUUCCUUGCUGCUCACAUCCCUCUCUUCUUGUAUCCUUUCUUGCACACUGUCAGCAAGACUCGGCCUUUUGAGUACCUACGACUCACAAGUCUUGGAGUAAUUGGGGCCCUGGUGAAGACAGAUGAGCAAGAAGUAAUCAACUUCCUACUGACAACAGAAAUUAUCCCUUUGUGCUUACGCAUCAUGGAGUCUGGCAGUGAACUUUCCAAAACGGUUGCUACUUUUAUUCUACAGAAGAUCCUAUUGGAUGAUACGGGGCUGGCUUAUAUCUGUCAGACUUACGAACGAUUUUCUCACGUUGCAAUGAUAUUGGGUAAAAUGGUCCUGCAACUUUCCAAGGAGCCUUCUGCCAGGCUGCUGAAACAUGUGGUCCGUUGUUACCUUCGCCUUUCUGAUAAUCCAAGAUGUAGGGCACGGGAAGCCCUCAGGCAGUGCCUUCCUGACCAGCUGAAAGAUACCACCUUUGCCCAGGUCCUGAAGGAUGACACCACCACCAAGCGUUGGCUGGCACAGCUGGUCAAGAACCUGCAGGAAGGCCAAGUCACCGACCCCAGGGGUAUCCCCCUUCCUCCACAGUGACCGCCAAGGAGGUUGCAGAACCCAGGAGGAAACAGCUCAGGUUUACAGAGAGCCAGGAACCAAUGACCUCUUCCAGAUCCUGUCAGGCAUGUGUGGGCAGCUCUUUGGACUGUCAAUAGCCACCUGGACUGCAGGCCUUUUCUAUAGCAACGUCUCAUCAUGCCUCUGAGGAUUAUGACACCAGCAAACACAGUUGGGACAGAGAAGCCCUCAUUUAGGGUGUGAGCUUUGUUGCGAUGAUCAGUUGAGUACCAAGCUGGGCAGUGCUGCCACCAACAGUAUAUCUCCCUGCCUGGUUCAAUGCGGCAGGCUUGGGAAGUGUUCCUCAGUUCCCUUGUUAUUCAGUGUUUACAUGUCAGUUCAAUAAAGGUUGGUCUGGUCAUUUUGACCCUCUUAGGAGUACCUUUUGAACUGCAUCUAGCUCUAAGCAGAGGAGGCCAAUGUUCCUCUUUCCAAUUGGGAACUGCGCUUUCAUAAGAGGAGCCCACUAAUCCUCCCUGAUGCGUUCUUUUUGAUAAGUUCAGCCACUGGGGCUGGAGCCCCUAGAGUUCUAACUCUCUUGGAGGAUUGGGAGAGGGAUGGUAAUAUAGUAUAUCCACAGCUUCUUAAAGGAUUGUUCCUGGUAUAUCGGAAGGCAGUGACUUCCUGGACUGCAUUCCUUUGGCUGUGCAUUAGAACAGUGCCUGCCUCUGUGAUUGUAUUUGAACUAGUGUCAAAUUUUCCAUGGAUCCACCUCCACUUCCUAGUCAGUAAGAUUCAGAAUGCCACCAGAACAUUCCUUUAACAUUCAGACUGUGCCAGGGGAGAAUGUUAUUGCAUGGAUGCAUGGCCAGCAAGCCAUGCGGCCUUCUACUUUGCUGCAGCCAAUGCCUCUGGCUAGGGUAGGGCUAACUCUAGAGAUGAGCAAAAUAGAUAGGGACCAAGAGCUAUUUCAGGUAGGCAGUAAAGGCUGCAGGAUUUCAGCCUUGCUGGCUAGUGCUGGAAAGCAUAAUGGCCACAAAAUGCAAGGGCUCAUGCUCUUUAUCGUAUCCUUCCCCUGCUACCAGACUAAGUGCAUCCAGUUCAUCACCUUCAACCCACCCCUGUUAGUUGGCAUCACCUUGAACCUGCCCCUGUGUGUUGGAUGUGGAGCUAUUAAGCAGUCUUCAAAAGCAGCCUCUCCUCUACCCUCUAAAUGAGAAAAGCAAACAAAAGGAAGGUGAGGGAGUUUAGUGGGAGGGGGAAAUCAUCCAGGCUGUUUGUCAGUUGCACAAGAUUGAGAGCAGGUGGCUUCUGGUCCCUUGCCAGAUCCCUUGGCCUCAGUACCCACUGCUGCUUUGGGUAGGGACCUAUUUUUCCCUUUCCCCUUUUUUCUUUGCUGGCGGUUGGCCAGGCCACGCCAAGAGUGUCUUAACUCUUCCCUCUACAUGGACUGCUUUUGCUCUUAUAGCGGCUCCCAGUUUUAUAACAGCCUUGUUUUUCCAUCCCUGCCUUGAGUGGACUUUACCAACUGCUUCUGUUUUGUAACUUGAAUAAAAAAUAAGCCAAAUAAA